AUGACAUCAGCCAUACCGGUCCCGAGCCUGUCCGGAGGAUCCCAAUCCUCCAUAUCGGACAACUCAUCAACCGCAUCUCAGGCGCUGUCGAAGGAGAUGAAGCCUAGGGUUAAUGUCAUCAAUAUCCUCGAAACGGACAGCACCGGUAAUCUCGUCGCCUCACCACCUGCACAGUCAGCAUUACCAUCCGCGGAGGAGCAAAUAGUAUAUCAUUGUCUAUUCUACAUCCUGCCCUGUGACCACCAGUCGCAUAACAUCGACUCGUGGAAAACUCACAUCCUUGCCCAUUUCCGGGGAACCCGACUCCCACCAACAGCAAUCUGCCAAUGGUGCCCUCUCGAAUUCAAACAGCCCACAACCUCCAACUCGAACGCGCACACCCACCAGAUAUGGGACACAAUGCUGACUCACGUCGCGCACGAACACUUCGAAAAGGGCCAUACUCUGGCGGCUAGUCGCCCCAACUUCGAGUUGAUGAAAUACAUGUACAACUCCAAAAUCAUAACCGAGGAUCAACUAAAAGCGAUUCAACUAUGUCCCUCGCCGGACAGUCCUGCGUAUCAUCCAUCGCAGGAUCCGGUUAGGGCGAGCAUUGGUUCCGCAGACGAGCCAUAUUGUUCGACGUAUAGUCCGCGGAGGGAGAAGAGGUUGAGAGAGCAGAGGCGGGGGAUUAGUGUUGUAUGA